UUGCCGGUGUCCCUGUGCCAGUGUCCCACUCCCGCUGUCCCUGUCCCGUUCCCGGUCCCCCCUCCCCUUGCCGGCCCGGGCCAUGGCCCCGGCCGUUCCCCUGUGCCGGGCGGGGCCGCCCCGUCCCCGGCCCUGGGCGGCCCGGCGCGGUCUCGCCCUCGCCCGGCUCCCGGCGCGCCGGUUGUGGCGCUGCUGGGCGCUCCUGUGGGGCUGGCUGUGGGACGGGCUCGGCCUCGCCGCCCCUUGGCUCCGCCUGGCUCGAGCCCGGCGCCUGCCGGGGCCGGCGGGGGCCGCGGGCGCCGCGGCCGCUGCCGCCUCCUCGGCGGCUUCCCCGGCCAGAGCUCCGCCGCUCGCCAGCCCGGCCGCCGGCAGCGAGCCGCCGCUGCCCGCUGCGGCUGGGGAAGCCCGGCCCGGGCCGCUUGAGGGGCGCUCGGGGGCCGUGCCGGGCCCCGGCCCCAACGCUGACGGCCACGUCUCGCCCGCACCGAAGGCCAAGGAGCCGCUGCACGAGCGCUACCGGCUGCAUUCGCUGCUGGGCAGCGGCGGCUUCGGCCGCGUCUACGCGGGGACCUGCCUGGCGGACGGAGCCCCGGUGAGUGCAGCAGGAGGAGGAGGAGGAGGAGGAGGAGGAGGGCGGGACGGGCGGCGAGCUCAACCCGCCCUUCCCCUCGGCUUGCAGGUGGCCAUCAAAGCCGUGUCCCGGGAUGGCAUCCGGCGCUGGGGCGAGCUGCCUGACGGCACCCGGGCCCCCCUGGAGAUCGUGCUGCUGGACAAGGUGUCCAAUGGCUUCCCUGGUGUCAUCCAGCUCCUGGAGUGGUUCGAGCUCCCCAACGGGUUCCUGUUGGUGAUGGAGCAUCCGGAGCCGUCUCAGGACCUCUCUCGCUUACUGAGGGCGUGGGGGUUCCUGCCGGAGGAGAUGGCGUGGGGGCUGUUCCGCCAGGUGCUGCAGGCCGUGCGGCACUGCACCAGCUGCGGCGUCCUGCACCGGGACAUCAAGCCCCAGAACAUCCUCCUCCACCUGGCCAGCGGCGAGGCCAAGCUCCUCGACUUUGGAUGUGGCACCUUCCUUAAGGACACGGUCUACACCCAGUUUGCAGGUGAGCCCACAGCCGGGGGAUGCUCCUGGUGCCGGGCAUCGCAUGGCCAUGCCCAGGUGUGGCAGUGGAGAUUGCCCCUUUGGCCGAGGGGGAACAGGAUUAGUUCUUCAGCCAAGUUGCUUUUGGAUGGGGCUGGGGGGUUACAGGCUUCCGCUGCCCUCUUGGACACCAGCGGCUUCUUCUCCAACCCAGAGUUUGUAACCAAGAGAACACUGUCAUACAGCCCGCCAGAGUGGAUCUACCUCAAGCGCUACCACGGCGAGGAGGCGACCAUCUGGUCCCUGGGCAUCCUGCUCUACCAGAUGGUCUGCGGGAAGCACCCUUUCCGCAAAGGCCCCAACACCAUCUGGGCCCAGCUCCCGUUCCCAGCACGGGUCUCUCCAGGCUGCCAGCACCUUAUCAGGUGGUGUUUGUCCAUCCGCCCCUCGGACAGGCCAGCACUGGAAGACCUGUUGUGCCAUCCUUGGGUGCAGGGCAUUCCCCUGCCCUAG